UGUGUAUUGAUUGGUUGCUAUGGAAACAUGAGCCACACCCAAUCUACUCUCCAGCUAGCAAUGAAUACUGAAGAAAGAGAUCACAAAAUUAAAGAAUUAAUUCAAAAAUUAAAAGUAAAAGCUGACAGUCACAAAGGAAAAGAAGAUGAUGUAGAUUACAGCUCAUCAUUAACUACAUUGAAUGAAUUAAUUAUUUCAAUUAAUAAUAAAUCAGAACUGGUUGGGUUAGUCCCAGUUAUACUAACUGGAGUUAUACCUCAUACCACCAGACACUACUGGACUAAUGAGUCCUCUAUACUGGCAGCUAAAAAUAUAUUAACUUAUAUAUUAAAGAAAUGUCACUGUAGUUCAAUUCCUGACCUUUUGAUUGGACGAAAAAACAAAUCAGUACCUGGGGUGGGUGUGGUCUCACCAUACACUCCAGCUCGGCCGACAGAGGAGGUGUUGCCAUGGUUACAAGAAGAGGAUGAGGUUCCCGUAGUAGAAGAUGAGGAAGAAUUGUUGAUAGGAGGAGGAGUAAUGAAUGAACUGUUGAGAAUAUUAAGAAGAAGACUAGUUGAGACAGAAUGGAAGGAGCAUCCGAAUGAGAAGCACACACUGAUGUGGUGUCUGAGACAUUUAAAGCAUCCUCAUCUCAGUGAGUAUUUUAAUUCCUUCCUGCCAUUAUUAUUAUUAUUGAUUGAUGAUUAUGAAAUUUAUCAUAAACAGUUAGGAUUGACUGGUUUAUGUCACCUCAUCGCUAACACUGACUCAGCUGAGCUAGUACAGUAUGGUAAAGCUGACCUUAUUUAUGACAGUAUUAAGAAAUUGUUAUAUUUCAACAAAGUUGACAUUAUUAAUGCAUUACAUCCAGCUCUUCAAUCACUACUGGUAAUAAUGGAGGGACCUCAACCAAUGGAGAUAUCUCAACCUAGAAAGUGGAGGAAGACUGAUGAAGUGUUUGUAAUAUUACUACAAUCAAUGUACACUGAAUCUAAACUAUCAAUUAGAAAAGCUUAUAUUAAACAUGUAUGUAGAUAUAUUGAAUGUCUUGGUGUAUUUAUAAUCAAGUAUAUUAAUAAAUUGUUAUUAAUUAUAUUUGAUUAUAUUGAGUAUCCUGAUUAUUGUGGAGAAGAAACUAGAAAAACCAGCUUGACGACACUACUAACAUUAAUGAGAUACUCUUGGCCCAGGAUUCCAAAUCACUUCGAACCAAUUUUAAAAUCAUUGAUCAAGUUGAUUUCUGAUCUGUGUCCUGAUAAAUCAGUGAUUCCAGAUGAUUCCAAUACACAAGAUGUAUUAGGAUUAAUCAUUGAUUGCUUGAAAGUGUUGAACUGCUGCUGUCAUGAAAAUAGCUCUGCCAGUUAUAAAAUGUUAUUGAAAGACACAGAACAUGCUGCUUUGAGACACUGUAUUGCAGAAGCAUUGGAUACCGUAUAGUUUCUAAUUAUGAGAAAUAAGCUGAUAAUGUAAUUAAAAUUGAAA